AUCCAAGGAGGUACUCAAAAUAAGGCAAUAGGAGCUCUUUCAGUAACAGUCACUCGCGAAAGAGCACACAGUUGGGUAGUUGGCGUUAUCGUGCCAAUAAGCUCUCAGGGUAUGAUUUACAAAAAGCUCAUCACUGAUAAGGAGAGUGAAGGGAGAGAUAUUCAGAGCCUAAGUGCCGGAGUUAAGGAAGCGACAAGCGAUCAAAUCGUGGGCCAAAUGACCCAGACUGACUCCAAACUGGUUCUGGAUCCACUGGAUCCCCAUGGAACCCACUACAUUCCCGCAGCUCAAAUUGUUUCUCCGAGAAAGAAAACACGAAGAAUGGGAACCGGCCGAUUCGCUUUAAUCCUUUCCAUCUUGGCCCUGACGGUCUCGGUGGCUUUGGUUACUGUGCUUUUCCUCUGGGUUUAUGGCAUCCCUGGCCAGAUUAAUGAUCAAAGCAGGAAGAUCCAAGAGCUCACGUCCCUGCUCGAGUUCCAACAGAGCGAAAUCGAGACCAUGAAAUAUGAGGAAACCCAAUCCAAGCAAGGGAGCCGAGACGGGUGCUCACUGAAGGUCGAUAAAGGCCCAUGCAUGGCUGCCAUCCCGAGAUGGUUCUUCAACGAGAAGAGCAAAAGAUGUGAACAAUUCUACUAUGGUGGAUGCCAGGGCAAUGGGAACAACUUCGUGACCCAAACUGGUUGCCAAAGGCAGUGCGAAAGCAAGUUUCUGGAAGUAACUCGCAUCACACCUGACAAAAGUGCCCAACUCGUCACUUUCCCCGAGGCCCGCAGUAACAACGACCCGAACGAAGGAGAUGCCUGUAGCCUUACUCCCAGUGCUGGCCCCUGUAAGGCACAAAUGCCUCGGUUUUAUUUCGAUUCAGCCGAUCGAACUUGCAAGAAAUUCCACUACGGAGGAUGCGCUGGCAAUGCCAAUAACUUCGUGACCAUCGACGAUUGCCAAGCUCGGUGUCGAAGCACAGGAUCCCAUGUGGAUGACUCUCUACUGACCAACAACCCUGGGACAGUGACGCAAAAGGACUGCCAAUCUCCCCCAGAUUCAGGAUUGUGUCGAGCUAGCAUAGAGCGAUGGUAUUAUGACCCGGUCUCGGCCACUUGCACCACAUUCAUUUGGGGCGGAUGCGAUGGCAAUGAGAACAACUUCUCAUCCAAGGAUAAGUGCCAAAAAGUAUGCCAAACGGCGGAACCAGUCGAAACGCCAGAGGUUCCCACUAACGAGGUCGAAAGUAAUGAAGACGUUUGUAGUCAACCUAAAAAGGUUGGACGAUGCCGUGCUGCCGUUCCAAGAUACUACUUUGAUUCGGAAUCCAAGGAAUGCAAGUCCUUUUACUAUGGAGGCUGCGACGCCAAUGAGAAUAAUUUCGAAACUGCAGAAAUUUGCGAAGCACGUUGCAAAACAUCGGAACAAAGAACGGAGACGGAGAUCAAGGCUGACGUCGAUAUUCUAAACUAGGUCAGAACCAUUCCGAAACAAGUGCUGAGAGCGAUGAGUAGAAGUUCAGAGAUCUAGUGACAUGGUUUUAGACCCAAAAAGGGGUCUAUCUGCUCUUUGACACUUUUUCAAGUCUAUUUGCUACUUUUCAUUCCAUUUGCUCUUUUUAAUAAGAAAUGCCUAAUUUAAGCAAAUACAAGUAAUUUCUUCAAACUCGUCGAUUUCGUUGCACUGGAGUGUUUCUAAGAAUUUCCGGUCGACAAACCUCUAAUUUAGUUCUUCUUUUGCCUAAGGGUAUGAAUAAAAAUGCUUAAGAUGUAGAAAAUCCAAUCAAAUGAGACGAUUCCUAUGGUUCCAACCAUACACUCAAAAACGUAUUCUUAGAUUUUGUGAACAUACCUCUUAAGAAUAUUGGACCUAUUAUGUCAAUUGAUCCACAUUAAAUUGUUUUGUGUGAGUUUUGUUUAUAGGAUGCAUUACUAGAAGAGACUCCGAAAAUAAAAAUGCAAUUUAAUUUGCGAUAAUUCA